UUGGAUGGCAACCAUGCUCCUGGUAGCAUUGAGUUUGCGAUUGAGCAGAAGCGGCUUGAGUGUGUGUCUGAUAUUCUCUUGGUUGGCAACGAUAUUCAGAUGAUUCUUGGGGCGUCGUACAUGAUUUCUGUGUUUUCAGUGGCUAGCAGUAUCGACACGUACCAUUUGCAUCUCGUGUUUGACAUUGUCAGCUUUGUUGGAGUCUCCAGCGCCGCCGCCCUCGUCUGCUGGACAUACUGCAAUGUCAGACUCCAUCGCCCGGCCAUUCCCCAAGACGUAUCAUCUCACCUCCUCUCCCGGCACUUCGCCUUCUUCCGCUCCGCCCACUUCACGCCCCGUCAUCGCGGCGCCUAUCUCUUCGCCAUGAUGUACCUCGUCCUCACCAUCCUCCUCUGCACCAACCUCGACAACUGGUCCCUCGACCACGAGCCCGGCCGCUGCUACUUCACCCACCUGGUCACAACCUCUUCUGCCGUCCACCCAUCUGCCGAUAUAAUCUACGUUUCCAUCACCGCCUCCUGGAUGAUCAUCGUCAUGCUCGCCGCUGCAUUUUCCGGCGCCCGCUGGCGCCACUCUAUCCUAAUCCUCGCUUUCUUGCAGUUCCCCGUCCACCUCUACAUGGCUCUGGCCUUGCGAUCCGCCAACCAGGGUAAGCUCGAAGGCGAGGUCCACGAGAACAACUGGGACUUUGGCCAGACUACCGCCGUCGUGCUGCUGGCAAUGGCCGUGCGAGAGCUCAUCGAUAAGUGCUCUGAGUUCUUCUUUUUUGAACGCGAUCUUCGCAAGAGAGGCGCCCUGCCC